CUUCAGGUCACUCAGAUUAAAUCUGUAGUGCCAUCAUACGCCUGCUGCAGCUUGACUGAAUGGAUUACAUGCGUCACAACCUGUGAAAACACUUUGUUAUGCUGUGUAUGUUUUGUUUGUUUUUUUUUUUGUUUUUUUAUUUGAGGCUAAUGUUUUCAAACAUUUUCCUCACAUUUAAGAGCUUAGUGUUGCAGUGAUAUGUAUUUUUGCGGAAAUUCUUGGACACCAAUGACAGUGUGAAAUAUGUGGAGCUUAGCUGCAUUACGGAAGGACUAUGCGGUUCUUCCAUCACUCCAUAUGGCAUGGAUCUGAGGUUUAAGGAAAAAGUACACUUUCCAGCAUAGGGGAUCGGGCAUCAGGCAUUCGGCCCUGGGUGAUGGGAGUCCGUGCUGCUGCAGCUCUCAGGAAACUUCCAUCACCCACUGAACGUGUGGCUGGCCUACGGUAUGCUAACCCCCACUGUGAAGGAGCCUAGAAUCCCCUGUCUGCCACAUGGAGCCUGGCUCCUCUCAUUCUUCCUUGCAAUCUUCAGCGUCCCUUACAUAGUUCAAGCUGCUGUAUUCAGGGUUGGAGUGUUAGGGCCAUGGUCUUGUGACCCCAUGUUUGCCAAGGCUAUGCCUGGAGUUGCAGCUCAGCUAGCUGUGCAGAGGAUCAACAGGGAUCACUCACUGUCUGUGGGUAUCACUUUUGACUAUGUCAUCCUGGAAGAAGACUGCCAGACCUCAAUGGCCUUGAGAGGCUUUAUGGGUUACUACACACAGGCCGCGGCUUUCUUGGGGCCUAUAAACCCUGGAUACUGUGAGGCAGCCUCUCUAAUUGCCAAGAACUGGAACAAGGCACUGUUCUCCUGGUCCUGUGUGAACCAUGAGCUGGAGAGCUCUUGGCGACACCCAACUUUUGUCCGCACGUUGACCUCACCGAUCUGGGUGCUACGUAUAUUGGCACGUCAUUUCCAUUGGGCAAAUAUAGCCAUUGUGGCCUCAGCUGAUGAUGUGUGGAUGGAUACAUCCAACAAGGUAGCUGAUGCCUUAAGAAGCCACGGUUUUCCUGUCAGGAUGGUGCUCUCCACUAGCAAUGACCCUUCCAGUAUACGCCACUCCCUCAGUAAGAUCAAGAAGUUGAAGGAGCUUCGCAUGGUGAUCCUCUGCAUGCAUUCAGCAUUGAUUGGUGGGGUAACUCAAAAGCUGCUGUUGGAGACAGCACUGGACAUGCACUUGACGGAUGGCUCAGUGGUCUUUGUGUCCUAUGAUACACUGCUGUACAGCCUACCAUACAAGCAGGUGCUCCAUCCUGCACUGCGCCGCAAUAGCAAGCUAAGGCUGGCCUAUGACGCUGUGUUGACAGUUACUAUGGACUCAGAGGAGAAUUCAUUCUACAAGGCCUACCAAGAUGCCAUCAAGUCCAAGGAGUUGCCUGCAAGCAUUCAGCCUCAUGAGGUGUCCCCUCUUUUUGGCACCAUCUACACCUCUAUCAUCUUUAUGGCUAAUACUCUGCAGAACAUUCACAAAUCUACCAACAUGUUCUCAGGAGCAAAUGUAGCCCGCCACACUGGGAACCUGGCAUUCCAAGGUUUCAGCCAGAAGGUUCGCACCAAUGGCUCUGGGGUUAGCCUACUGAACUAUCUGGUUCUUGAUACAAACGGUCAGUCCUGGGAGCUGCAUCCCACUUACAGUGUGGAUGUAGAGGGAAACAUGGUUCGGUACCUGGGUGUACCUAUACACUUCCCUGGCGGUGCACAGCCCAAAGCUGACUCCAGCUGCUGGUUCACUCCUGGAGGACCACUUUGUACCAGAGGGGUGGAUCCUCUUCUGUUGUUUGAGGUGUUUAUGUCAGCACUUCUUGUAAUUGUCCUUGCAACCAGUCUUGGAUAUUGCGUAAGACGACGCAUCAGUAAGAUUCAAAUGGUUAGCGGUCCCAAUAAGAUCCUCCUCACUCUGGAUGAUGUGACCUUCAUCAACCCCUCCCUCAGCCACAAGAAGGUGAGUCUGGAGGACAGUAAGGCUGAACUGGAGAGACGUUUGUCAGACAUGGACAGCGGAAUGAAUUCACCUCUCUCCACCUCCAGUGCCACUGAGCCCAGCUAUGAAAACUCAAAUGUGGCCAUAUUUGAGGGCGAUUGGGUUUGGUUGAAGAGGCUGCCCUAUGGACACUUUGGCUCUAUUAAUCCAAAGACUAGUGAUGUCUUCGAAUUGAUGAGGGACAUCCGUCAUGAGAACCUGAAUCCAUUCAUGGGGUUCUUCCAUGACUGUGGUGUCUUUGCAAUAGUGACGGAGUUCUGCUCUCGUGGAAGUUUAGAGGAUUUGCUUCGCAAUGAAGAUGUUAAACUGGACUGGAUGUUCAAGUCUUCCUUGCUGUUGGACCUUAUCAAGGGCAUGAAGUAUCUACAUCACAGGGGUGUGUUUCACGGGAGACUCAAGUCCCGUAACUGUGUGGUGGAUGGACGCUUUGUACUGAAGGUAACUGACUAUGGCUACAACGAAGUUCUCCAGGCCCAAAAGUUCCCUUACACAGAUCCCAAGGCAGAGGAUCUGCUCUGGACUGCUCCAGAGCUCCUGCGUACUGCUCACCCUGGUCUGUCUGGUACUCAUGAGGGCGAUGUGUACAGCUUCUCUAUUGUCAUGCAGGAGGUGGUGCUGAGAGGACCUCCAUUCUUUAUGCUCCAUAUGCCUGCUGAGGAAAUCAUUCAGAGGAUUAAGAAGCCCCCUCCACUGUGCAGGCCUGUGGUUUCUCCUGAUUAUGCUCCUAUGGAAUGCAUUCAGCUCAUCAAACAGUGUUGGAAUGAGCAGGCCGACCGACGCCCCAGCUUUGAUGAAAUCUUUGAACAGUUUAGGAACAUUAACAAGGGGAAGAAAACAAACAUUAUAGACUCCAUGCUACGCAUGUUGGAGCAGUACUCCUCCAACCUGGAAGAGCUAAUUCGAGAGAGGACAGAGGAGCUGGAGAUUGAAAAGCAGAAAACUGAAAAACUGCUGACUCAGAUGCUGCCUCCGUCAGUUGCCGAGGCCCUCAAAGUUGGCUGCACAGUGGAGCCAGAGUAUUUUGACAACGUGACGUUGUACUUUAGUGAUAUAGUUGGCUUUACUACCAUCUCUGCCAACAGCGAGCCCAUUGAAGUUGUGGACCUGCUCAAUGACUUGUACACCUUAUUCGAUGCAAUUAUUGGAAACCAUGAUGUCUAUAAGGUGGAAACAAUAGGAGAUGCGUACAUGGUGGCAUCUGGUGUGCCUGUUCGCAAUGGAAACCGACAUGCUGUGGAGAUAGCCAACAUGGCACUGGACAUCCUCAGUGCUGUUGGUACCUUUAAGAUGAGACACAUGCCUGAUGUACCGGUCCGCAUUCGCAUUGGGCUGCACACGGGUUCUUGUGUGGCUGGAGUGGUUGGUCUCACCAUGCCCCGUUACUGUCUGUUUGGGGAUACUGUAAACACUGCCUCCAGGAUGGAGUCCACAGGGAUGCCAUACCGCAUCCACGUCAGUCACACCACUGUUAAUAUCCUUCUUGAUCUGAAGGAGGGCUACAAGGUCGAACUUCGCGGCAGAACCGAACUAAAGGGCAAAGGCAUGGAGGAAACCUACUGGCUAGUGGGGAGAGAUGGGUUCACUAAACCACUGCCUGUGCCUCCAGAGCUCAAGUCAGGGCCAGAGACUGCACGAGACUUCAAACAGGUGCUGCAGAAGGCAGUGAGGAGGCUUUCGUUUGUAAGACACGUGGCCCAGCUGCCCACCAUGGAAAGCACUGACGAUAAUGUUAUGAUCCACCAUCACUGACAGAACCAGCCCACCAGGGCAUCGUGAAAAACCAUGUCUGUGACUGGCUAAAGUGGACUUGUACAAGAUCCGGAAAUGCAAAUGUUCUGACUCGUUUAAAGUACAAGUGCUGACUGAGAGCAUUUAUUUCAGCUUCUUCCCUUUAUUCCCAGUAUGAGGCAGCAGAUAAGGAGAACACGUGAAAAAAUGACCCUCUACCUUGGCAAAAGUUCUAGAGCAUGAGAUGCUAGCCAGAUUCAUUUAACUGGAGAUAACAGUGGACAUACAAGAUACAUUAAACAAGGAGGAUGAGGUAUGUGUGAGUGUCGAAGGGUGAACUGCUUUGCGCACCUGGAGAUUAUACUUCAGUAAGAGGCUCUUCAAAUUAAUUUGGCUGUGUUGUGUUUAUAAAUAGCCUAUGGGACUAUUACAAUAAGCCAGAGAGGGAUCAGAUCAGACUCUGUUCUUGGCCAUUAACCCAGUUCACUCAAGUCCAUUGAGUGCCUGCUGGACUAUGUAAGAGGAUCUACCUGAAACUCAUACUGGAGGUGUGUAAAUAGCUCAUUAUAGUUUCCAUAUUAUAUCUCAGAACAGGAAAAGGUACUUGAGUGCAUUAUAGCUAGUAUUUCAGCUGUAUAAGCUUAUUCCUUUUUGUGUAAGUAAUAUAAGUACUGGUUUGAAGGGAUAUUGCAAAGUCAACAUAAAUACAGUCUUUGUACUUUGUACUAAGACUUCUCAAUCCUGGUCCAGGAGACCAAUUGUUCUUGGUCAUUUAGUGUUUUCUCUGCUCCAAAACAUCCACUUCAACUCGUGCUGUAUUCAGGUGCUUGAUGGAGGGUUGUAUAUACCAUAUGGACCAACUAAUACAUGUGACUUCACCGCGUUUGGAUGCUUGUUGGGUGAUAAUGGCCACCACAUGCGAAAAGAAAGCAAGGAGAUCCAGAGAAUAUGUACAGUCAUCUGCAAAUGUUUGUGCAUCCCUGGUCAAAUUGCAUGCUGUGUGAAAAUGAGUAAAUAUCCUCUACAGAAAACACACUUUUACACAUUGUAAUACACACUUUUAUUUACUGAAUUUGAGAUACUGGUGAAAAAAUAAAAACAAAAAAGUUAUUUAGCAUUUAAGUCUGUGCACUGUAGAGGAUAUGGGGGGGGGGGGGUUCUCUACUGUAUUAAAAACAAAUAUUACAUAUAAGUGCAGUGUGUAUACUUUUCCUGACAUACAUUGCCAAGUUUACUAUUUUUUAAUGUUAGAAUGGGGGAAGGGGUGCACUAUGUGUCCCAUCUCAUGAACUCGUGACAUUUAGAAUUCUGAGUGUCUGGUUUGUAAAUACAGCUCAAACGGUAUCGUCCAGUUUCCGACAGUACCCCAACGCAGCAUCGCCAAGGGUUUGUUAAUGAGCUGGGCUGGACUUUCCGGAAAUCAUCUUAGCACAAAGAUCAUUCUUAAAUGGUAGAGCGUGCAUCACAUUGAACACUCUCUCUACCAGUUGAAAGGAUCUUAACAAUAUGAUGCUGUGGGAAAACUGGGCCCCAAGUUGAAUGAGGUGUGUACAUGGAACAGGGAAAGCACUGAAAAGUGCAGAGCAGUGGGCCUCAAGGACCAGGGUUGGGAAGCUCUGUUCUAACGCAUGGGUCACUAAUCUUAUCCACAAAGGCUUGGUGUGGUUGCAGGUCUUCAUUCCAGACAGGCAGAAGCCCACGAGUCCUGUUGUUUAAUCAGCUGGUCUUCCAACAAUUGAUUAGUUAUACAUAGUGCGCAUUUACUUGAAAUGAAAACCACACCAGCCCAUUGUGGCUAAGACUACUAAGGUAGUGGUUUUCCAGUCUAACUCCAGUCCUGGGGGCCCUGCACAGUUUCAGGUACUCUUUGCCCCCAACAUCCCUGAUCCAGCUCAGGAAGAGCUUAAAAAUGCAUUAAGGCAAGGUAGUUGAAGCUGUGCAGGGUAGCAGGUCCCCAAGUGUUCUUCCUCCUCUAACACACCUUAUUACACAUAGUAACUAAUUAUCAGGUGUGCUAAAGGGAAAAAAACUGUAUGCCGGCCCUUCAGGCCUAGAUAUGCUUCCUUGUACUGUGCUUGUGUGAAUCCUGUUGUACUGUCAAGUGUGAUUUAGAACCAUGACAAAACAAAAGAACGUAAAUUUCUUUUAGAAUCAUCUCAGGGAAGUGCUCUCUCGAACCCACUGACCAAUACAUGUAACAAAAAACUACCCUUUAAUACAAAUGUAACUAAUAACUGCUUCACAUUAAAUAAACUUUUGAAACAUGUA